AUCUUCUCUGUUGUGUCUGAUAAGCCUUAUCUUAUCCGAGGUAUCAGAGAGGAUCACCAAGUCCGACUAUUGCUUCGCCGUCGGUGUACAAUAAAUCGCUAUUUACUUUUGAUUGCAGCUUAGGAAGCCUUUUCCGAAAUAUAUUGAGGCCUUUUCACCCAAUAUUCCCUCCUCACAUAGGCUUCGUGGAAACAUCUGUGACACAGAAUGACACCAGCCAACGGGACGACAUCUCCACCAACUGAAGGACCUCGGCAUGUCACCGUCUUGGAGCAGGAUCGACAGCUUCUUAGUCUGAUGACUAUCAUUCGCGAUAUGAAUACAGAUCACCGGGAUUUCUGUUCCGCCAUGGAAAGGGUGACUCCCAAGCUCAUUGGCCAAGCGCUCAACCAUGUCCCCACAGAAAGGUACCUUGUCCAAACGCCUAUCCACAGCACAUUUGAGGGUGUUCGGUUCACCAAGGGGGUGUGUGGUGUGAGUAUUCUACGGGCAGGCGCAAGCAUGGAGCAAGCCCUGCGGCAGACAUGGAUGGGACCGCUCAGCUUUGGCAAGCUACUCAUUCAGCGAGACGAGUCCACGAGUUUAGCUCGCAUUUACUACUCCAAGUUGCCAUCUAACAUUAUGGACAAUAUUGUGCUCCUUCUAGAACCGAUGCUUGCAACUGGCGGAUCGGUCAUCAAAGCAGUCGAGACUCUUCUCAGUCAUGGUGUGUCGGAGGAUUCUAUCGUUCUGGUCAAUGUCAUUGCCUCGCAGGAGGGUCUUGGCGUUGUUUCGGACAAGUUUCCAUCACUUAGGAUCGUUACUGCCGCAGUGGAUAGUGGUUUAACGUCCAAGAAAUAUAUUGAUCCCGGAUUGGGCGACUUUGGCGAUAGAUAUUACGGUACCUGAUCCUUGGCCCAAGUUUCACGCGUCAGAUACAGUGUUAUGAAUCAAUGUUUGAUUCCGACUUUAGCCAUAUAGAUCUGCCUGGCUUAGGUGUCAGGAUCAGCACCAG